AUGUCAAAGUUUAAUCCUCUUUGCACAAUUCUCGUAACAGUCGUCGAGGGUCGUUAUUUUCCACAGAACCCGACAGCCAAAGUAUUCGUCGAAUGCCGUUUUACCGACGAAAUUCUCUCGACAAUCAGUCCCGACUCGAACUCAAUUCUACGCACAGACGCGGUCGAACAAAUAAAUUUUCCGAUAUGGGAUACGGAACUCGCAUGGGAAGUUGAUCAAAAAACGUUGCAUAACCUUCGCUCACAAUGGGCUCAUUUGAAACUACAGUGUUUUUCGGUAGGCAAUGGUAACAAAAAUGAAUUAUUUGGAUAUGCAAUGCUUGAUAUUAGAGCAGCUGCCGAUAGACCUGGAAAAGACUUUUGGGUUUCAUUGAUUAAUAAUAAUACACGCACUCGAGGUCCUCGUCCGGAAAUAAACAUAUCGUUUUGUAUUUUGGCGAAUUUGUCACCUCCAGUGACACCAGGAGGAUACAUUCCUAGCCCGCUCGGAAAAUUUGUUGAGUAUAGUCUUCCAGAGGAGGGAUCCGAAGAGUCGAAACAGUCGGGAAAAUUAAAAGAGGAUGGAUAUUAUCGUAUAGGGAAUGAUGGAUUUGAUAGAUUAUUAUUUUCAGUUACUAUUAAUUUCGGUGCAAAUUUGCAAAUGUUGUUUCAGGAAUCUUAUUCUGAUUCUUCAGCUCACCACAGUUCUGAAGAUCUUGAUGAACUUGAUAUGACAAUAGUGAGUCACGGCUAUUAUUUUCAGUACACUUUCCUGGAUAGCAUUGUGACUUCUUCCAGGUUUUAUGAUCUGGCUCAUCCUAAUAUUAAGCCGGAAUCUAUGAGUUUCAGGAUUGAGUCGUCGCUGAAAGAGUUUAUAGAGUUUUUGAAUCAGGAAUCCAAAUUAGUGAUUAACUUGUAUCAUGAUACACAAGUAAUUGGUUACGCUGAAAUACCGUUGACAGGCCUUUUUCAAACAGCAGAGCCUCGAUCUCUGGAUAUAGUCUGUCCUAUAUAUAACUCAAAGGGAGAGUUGCCUCUAUCUGCGGAUAUGCAAACAGCAAGGAUAGGUGUUUUUCUGAUAAUUCAGCGUGAAGAGGACGCCAUAUAUUAUAUUGAUGAUGCUCCAGAUUCAGAGUCCUCUGUAGAAAAUAACAAUUACAACAACAAUAAUAUUUCCUCACAAUUUCGUGAACAAAAUAGUGAGCAUGAAUAUCGGAUUUUGAUUGAAUUAAUCUCCAUCAAAUUGAACAAGCCAAUACCAAACAUUUAUAUUAGGUAUAGUUAUCCUGCCUUGGGCAUUACAAAUUACAAGUCUACACAGACUCUAAAAUCUAUUGAGGCAGGUGCAGAUGCACCACUUUCUAGUGGAAUGAACACGAUCGACGUAAAGAUGACACCGCAAAGAUUUGCACGUUAUUUUGAGGCGGUUCCCUUGCUUAUGGAAUUACGACAACGUGGUGAACAAAAAGAUUCAGAAUUGGGUGUCGCUUCUUUACAUUUAGCUGAAGUGUUCUUGUCAAAUCCCACCCGAGAUGAUAAUAUAAAAGCAGACAUAGUGAAUUUCACCACGUUAACGCCCAUCAAGUCCGCCGGGAUGGUUAUACCACCUGAGAUGGGAAGUAUUAUCGCGUCGAUCAGAGUAGAAGAUUUUGGCGAAAAUUCUAAUGCGAGAAGCAAUGAAGAUGAUGAUGAUAAUAAUAUGUCAGAAAUAAAAAUUGCAGAUGAACAUUCCUUAAUGAAUGACACUACAAAACAAAGUAUCAACACGGGAAAUGUAGAUAUAUUGGAUGGGAAAUCGUCAUCAUCUAAUGUCGUCGUCGAGGAAGACCAAAAUAUAUCAAAGUCAUCAUCACGUUUUCGUACAGAAAUAUUUCAACGAGCUGCCGAACACGCAAAAUUCACACAAGAAACACUCUACCCGAAAAAAGAAGGGAAACGUCACAACAAUCAUCAUUACCAUCCUAACUACAUUCGAAACAAAAUCCAACAAUUGAAAUCAGUCGACGUACAACUUCAAAAUUCCAUCCUCUGUUUUCAAACACGCGAUGAAAGUUUAGUACGCGCCGAAAAAGAUUUAGAACGACGAUGGUUGGAACUUGAUCGACAGUUUGAACAGCGUACACGCGAUAUGAAAGUACAGUCCGAGGCUGAUUUAUUGCAGAAAUUCAAGUUUUUACGUGAACGAACUCCAACUGCUGAAGAUACCAUAAAGAAGCUUAGAUUGGAGAAUGAUAGUUUGCGUGCUCAGUUGGAGGUUAGUGAACGCGCUAAAAGCGAGUAUAAGUCGCAAUGGUCGAAGUCACUUCAGGAUGAUUUUCCUCGAUUCUGGUGGCAGAUGCAACGGAUGGCUGAAGAAGAGCUCGAAUCACUAGAUUAUGAAAAGCUAUCGCUGCAAUUACUGAAACAAGAACUUGAACUUUUGAGAGCUGAAUGA